AUGGAAGCCCUUGAAGUGAAAAGUGUUGAUCUAAACUGUCUUCAGAAUGGCAACAACCAUCACACACAGUAUUUUGGUGCGAAUAAACUCAUUGUGAGAAGAGGCCAGGCCUUUGGAUUGUAUUUGCACUUCCAAAACCGGGACUGGGAUGAUGACAAGGACAAGAUCACAUUUACAGUGGAGACAGAUGAUCCCGUGUAUCUAGACAAUCAAGCCCACAGAGAAGAGUAUGUAUUAAAUGAACAUGGGAUUGUAUUCCAAGGACUUCCCAAACACAUAACAUCUCAUGCUUGGUAUUUUGGACAGUUCCAGGAUGACAUUUUGGAGAUCUGUCUGAAAAUCCUGGACUCAAGUACAAACUUCCUGCGUGAUCCUGGCAUGGAUUGUUCCUGUCGUAAUGACCCUGCAUACAUUUGCAGAGUGUUGAACAAUAUGAUCUGUUGUCAUAAGAAGAAAAGCAUAUUGAAACUUCCACCCAACAAUAAUUACCUGCAGGGAGUCAAUCCUUUAAUGUGGAAUGGAAGUGUCCCUAUCCUCCAGCAGUGGUAUCACAACAAAUUCAAACCUGUCAAAUAUGGAUCCUGUGAGACUCUUGCUGCUGUAAUGUGUACAGUUAUGCGGUGUUUGGGAAUCCCAAGCCGAGUUGUUACAGGCUUCUAUUGUCCUUUGAAUGCUGUUGACCCUCUCGUCAUCCAGGAAGUGUUUGACUUUACAGGAAAAACCUUAAAUGGCAAAGAACAUAUCUGGAGAUACCAUUGCUGGAAUGAAUCUUGGAUGGCCCGAAAAGACAUAAAUCAGUCUGGGGGUGACUGGCAAUACCUGGAUCCAACACCUAUAGAGACUAGUAAAGGGUCAGUGUGCAGUGGUCCAAUUUUGGUCAAAAGCAUUAGAGAUGGUGAUGUGGAUACUGACUCUGAUGGUCCUCAUGCAUUUGGACUGCUAAAUGCAAGGAACACUGCCUGGGUUUCUCAAGGCAGAGGUAAGAAGAUAAAACUUCAUUGUGAAACCCAGCCUUGUGGACAAUGUAUCAGCACCAAGAGUGUUGGAAGUGAUCUACGUGAGGACAUCACUGAUGCUUACAAGUAUGAAUUAGGCUCUGUGCAAGAGAAAAAAGCCCUUUAUAAAGCCAGUCGAAAAAUUAAUUCUCGCUAUCUAAAUGCUCCCAAUUCUGAGAUAGACAAAGAUUUAGCAUCUCAAAGAAACAAAAGUCUGAAAGACAUUGGGAUUGCGAUGAAGUUUAAGAUGGCUAAUUGUCCCUUGUAUGGUCAAGAUGUUCAAAUGAACUGGGUGCUUAAAAACUUGUGUAAUGAAGCCAAAGACAGGAAAUUUAACCUUUGUGCUCAGGCAAUGAUGUACAAUGGAUGUUUACUGGACCAGGUCUGGAAAGACAAUAUUCAUGUCACACUUGGCCCAAAGGAAGUAAAGACAAUCCUGAUAACAAUACCAUAUGAUGACUAUGGAUCUCACCUUUGUGAUCAUAAUAUUAUGAGGGUGGUGGCUGUCUCGAUGCCCGAGCGUAAAGGAGAAGUCAUGAUGGUGGAGAGGGAUGUCUUAGUUGACAGCCUACCUGUUGAGAUGAAGAUUUUAGACCAUCCCCAGAUGAACGCACCAUGCUCUGCAGAAGUCAUUUUCUCUAAUCCACUCAAAGAGGACCUGAAGAAUUGUAUGCUGCAUCUGGAAGGCUAUGGGCUAAUUGGUGAACCAACAGCUACUGAAUUGGGAACUCUGUCUGCCAAUCAUAUGGCACAAACUUGUGUGGAGUUUACUCCCUACAGGUAUGGCAGACACCGGUUUAUGGCCAGUAUCAGCUGUGACAAGUUUUGUAACUGCAAAGGAUAUGCCACCAUAGACAUGGGCAGUCCACCAACAACCUCUGGAGAAGGAGGUGCAUAA